CCGGAAGUUCAGACUGUCAGUCGGAUGUUAUGGAGCAGGCUAAAAUGGCUUCGCCCAAGAGCGCCCCAAAAGAUGCUCAGGUGAUGGCCCAGAUUUUGAAGGACAUGGGGAUUACGGAGUAUGAACCUAGAGUAAUUAACCAGAUGUUGGAAUUCACAUACCGAUAUGUAACAACAAUAUUGGAGGAUGCAAAGAUUUACUCUAGUCAUGCCAAAAAAUCAGAUGUUGAUGCAGAUGACGUAAGACUUGCAAUUCAGUGUAGAACUGACCAGUCAUUUACAUCUCCUCCUCCACGAGAUUUUUUACUAGAUAUUGCACGACAAAAGAACCAAACACCUCUGCCAUUAAUCAAACCAUAUGCUGGACCAAGGUUGCCACCGGAUAGAUACUGCUUGACUGCCCCAAACUAUCGUCUUAAAACAGUACAGAAGAAGAUUUCCUCUUCAGCAGGAAGAAUAACCGUACCAAGAUUAAGUAUGGGGGCUGUAACCAGCAGACCAAGCACCCCAACUUUAGGAACACCAUCUGCACAAACCGUUUCUGUUUCUAAAUUGGGCACGCCUGUGUCACUAACUAGUCAGAGGUUUACCGUACAGAUCCCAACCUCACAGACAUCAGUUAAAACAGCUACUCCAACUACUACCACAGUUCAGAAUGUUCUCAUUAACCCCUCCCUAAUUGGCUCAAAGAAUAUUCUCAUUACAACAAACAUGGUGUCAUCACAGAAUACAGCUAAUGAAUCCAACUCGCUAAAGCGCAAACACGAGGAUGAAGAAGAUUAUGAUGCAAUGUAAUAAGUUAUUUAAUAUUUCUGCUUUUUUUGUGGGGGGGGUAAUCUGGACAAUUUUUUUGAGAGCACUAUAUUAUUACUAUAAUCAGGACUUUGCUGGAUGUGGACGGGAGAAACAUUCAAGGGAACAUCAUUUAAUGAAUAAUGCAAGUGCUUGUGCAUUUUGUAGAAACAAAUACAAUUAAACAUUCUUUUUUUUUCUGUU